GAUGGCGUCAGCGCGCCCCGCCCCUCGUCCGGAGGCCGCUUCCGUCGCGGACGGCGUCGCUCUGGUGUCGGCGGCGCGGCUGGGGCCAGCCCCGCACGCCCCCUCCCCUCCCUCCCGGUGCCGAGUGUCGGGGGCCGCCGGUCGCCGCCCGGCAGCUGGCGGGCGCCUCCCCGGCGGCGGCGGCGCAUGUGCCCCGGCGGGGGUGGCGGGGCGGCGGUGAGGGCCGGGGAGCAUGGCCGCUCCCGGGUCGGAGAAGAGCAGCAAGAAGAAGACGGAGAAGAAGCUCGCCGCCCGGGAGGAGGCGAAGCUGCUCGCGAGCUUUAUGGGGGUGAUGAACACCAUGCGCAAGCAGCUGAGUGGAGGUCAGCCAAGAGUGAAAUAAUUGAGAAUGAAGCUGGGACAGAGUCGCAAGGUGUUGCUGAACCUGUUAUUUGGAAGAAAACUCUAUGUGAUGUCAUUCUUAUGGUUCAAGAAAGAAAGAUCCCAGCUCACCGUGUUGUACUUGCUUCAGCCAGUCAUUUUUUUAACUUGAUGUUUACUACAAAUAUGCUUGAAUCAAAGUCCUUUGAAGUGGAGCUAAAAGAUGCAGAACCUGACAUUAUUGAACAGCUGGUGGAGUUUGCUUAUACAGCAAGAAUCUCAGUUAACAGCAAUAAUGUCCAGUCUUUACUAGAUGCAGCAAACCAAUAUCAAAUUGAACCUGUGAAAAAAAUGUGUGUGGACUUUUUAAAAGAACAAGUUGAUGCUUCCAAUUGUCUUGGUAUAAGUGUUUUAGCAGAAUGCCUAGACUGUCCAGAACUGAAAGCCACUGCAGAUGACUUUAUCCAUCAGCAUUUCACUGAAGUUUACAAGACAGAUGAGUUUCUUCAGCUUGACGUUAAGCGCGUGACACAUCUCUUGAACCAAGAUACGUUGACAGUGAGGGCAGAAGACCAGGUUUAUGAUGCAGCAGUCAGAUGGCUGAAGUACGACGAACCAAAUCGCCAGCCGUACAUGGUUGAUAUUCUUGCUAAAGUCCGAUUUCCUCUUAUAUCAAAGAACUUCUUAAGUAAAACAGUUCAGGCUGAACCACUUAUUCAGGAUAACCCAGAAUGCCUUAAAAUGGUGAUCAGUGGGAUGCGAUACCAUCUGCUUUCCCCAGAAGACAGAGAAGAGUUAGUGGAAGGUACGCGACCAAGAAGAAAAAAACACGAUUAUCGCAUUGCUUUGUUUGGAGGCUCACAGCCCCAGUCCUGCAGAUAUUUUAAUCCAAAGGAUUACAGCUGGACAGACAUCCGAUGUCCCUUUGAAAAGCGCAGGGAUGCAGCUUGUGUCUUCUGGGACAACGUAGUUUAUAUUUUGGGUGGUUCCCAGCUCUUCCCUAUAAAGCGAAUGGACUGCUACAAUGUGGUGAAGGAUAGCUGGUAUUCCAAGCUAGGACCUCCAACACCUCGAGAUAGCCUUGCAGCCUGUGCUGCUGAGGGCAAAAUUUAUACAUCUGGUGGUUCAGAAGUGGGAAAUUCUGCACUGUAUUUAUUUGAAUGCUAUGACACAAGAACAGAAAGCUGGCACACAAAGCCCAGCAUGCUGACUCAGCGAUGCAGCCACGGAAUGGUAGAGGCGAAUGGUCUCAUUUAUGUAUGUGGAGGAAGCUUGGGAAACAAUGUUUCUGGGAGAGUCCUAAAUUCCUGUGAAGUUUAUGAUCCAUCCACAGAAACGUGGACUGAACUGUGUCCAAUGAUUGAAGCCAGGAAGAAUCAUGGGCUGGUGUUCGUAAAGGACAAAAUAUUUGCUGUGGGUGGACAAAAUGGCUUAGGUGGCCUUGAUAAUGUAGAAUAUUACGAUAUCAAGAUGAAUGAAUGGAAGAUGGUGUCUCCAAUGCCAUGGAAAGGUGUAACAGUGAAGUGUGCGGCUGUGGGAUCUAUAGUCUAUGUCCUGGCUGGUUUUCAGGGUGUUGGUCGAUUAGGGCACAUUCUUGAAUAUAAUACUGAAACAGACAAGUGGAUAGCCAACUCCAAAGUCCGUGCUUUCCCAGUGACAAGUUGUUUAAUCUGUGUUGUAGACACUUGUGGGGCAAAUGAAGAAACUUUAGAGGCCUGAAGACCCAUAGGAGAUGCUGAGAAUUCUUCAAGGACUUGGGGAGAGAUGGCUAUUGGUGCUUUGCUUCCAUGUUUUACCGAAUCCCGUUAAACUGAGUAAUAGGAAAAACUGAGAUGCAGUCUUUCAAUUUGUAUAUACAGCAUACUGUAUAACAUGGAUUUUGUCAUGCCCAUUUUCUUGUUUGUUUUAAGAGAUGGGGAUGUGUUUUGAGAAUCCACUUACCUAGCUGAGAUCAUAUGGCAUCUUCCUUUAAAAGGACUCUGUGUGUGGCCUUGAUAAAAACAGACCCAAUCCAAUUCAUUUGAUGAAAAUAAGAUUUCUGGUUAAAUUACACUUUACUGAGCCCAGUUGCAGAGAUUCUUCAUUUAAUAAAGGUGAGUAAGUUCAGCUUGGGUCAUGAGGAAUAGGAGCUAAAAUUUUUCUCACUGAUACCUACCUGCAGAAAUUCUGCUAAGAUGCAAUGAAGAUUUUUUCCUCAGGAAAGAGCAAGGACAGAUUCCCACGGUCAAUGGGGAUAGGUUAUACAGCUCUCCAGAUCAUGAUAGCUGUUCUCUUCCAGUAACUUUCUUCCAUCAUCUGCAUGACUGCAUAUCAAUUUUUAAAGUUAAACAGGCCAUAUAUAUAGGUUAUAGGAACACUUUGCUAAUGACAUCUUUGGCAUUUUUGGAGGCUUUCACAGAAAAAUAUUCUUCUUCUUUUGUUAUACUGAGGUAGGGGAAUGGUGAGGGAAGUCCACAAUAAUUGUGCACUAUAAUUAGCAAGCUGGAAACUUGGGAUUAAUUUUCAAUAAUCUUCCCAAGCAUCAGACUGUACAUACUGUGGAUGUCAAGCCAUUAGCAAAGAUAGGAACAGGAAUGGGAAAGCAAAGUCAAUACAACAAAUGUAUUGAUUUUCUUCUUGAAAAUGACUGUUUUUAAAAUGACAUGAACCAAGUCAUUAAAGAUACUUUAUAGAAGUCUUCUAAAGGUGCAUAUGGUUAUUAAUCUCUGGUUUAUAAGCAUAUAGUUCUGUAAAUGCUUCCAGCCAAUAUGACAGUAAAUUUCUUCCAGCGUAGAAGUUGAGCUUGUCAAGCUAUUGGUGUCAAUACUGUGGACAUCUUCCAGCUUCUGGAAAACUUAUACAAACUAUGUAUCUAUGUCUGUCCUGCUCCCAUGCUAGUUUUAUUAAUAAUCUUCUUCCUAAUUUUGUCACUUCUCUUAACUUGCUAAUUUUUUCAGAUCUGUUUCUAUGAGACUAUCGAGUUAACUUAAAAAGUUGGUGCUUGCCUACCUGUACCUUGUGCAUCACUGGUGGUGUGGAUUUCUGGUCUGUUUUAUUUCUGAAGAUCCUCCAAGUUCUCAGAAGUAGUAUAAAUGCCAGUUUUCAAAGUCAAGUGCUUCUUUGAGGACUUCCUCCUGCUUGUCUUCCUCAUCUUGACAACUCUGCAUGCACAGAACGUAGUAGAUGCACUCAUGGGCUUAACAGUUGUUCCUGCAACUCAGUUCUUUAUUCAGUAGUAUGUGAAUGAUAUAAAACUUUUUAUUUUUCUGUU